AUGAUGGAACGACUUCGAAAUCAAUUUAGGAACCGAAUUGCUUCAAUAGUCAAAAGCAAAUUGAAGCCUAUUCGUGAUGAGAGAAAAAUAUCACGUCCAUAUAAAUAUAUGACUACGUACGGAUAUCACAAAAAACAUGAUGAAGUUUCUACUGUUAGAGAUGUAGCCAAAUGUACAUGGCAAACCAAUUUUCUCUUAAACAAGUGCUUAUACUUUCCUGAGGCAGCCAUAGCUUCUGCUCGUUCCGUUUCGUGUAAUAAUCACAAGAUACUACUUAGAUAUUGUAACCAACGUAUAUUUAUUUAUUCAAUACCAGCCAAUCGUUGCAACAGACCAUCAAAUAAAUAUUUAAUUAAUGAAUUUUCAAGCCUAGAUAAUAUUGGACCAGGAUUGUUUGAUAAGCAGCGACCACCACUAUCGCCACAAUCACGACGACAACGACGACAACGACUGCGACGACCACAACCGCCACCUGAUUUGUCUAAAUUAAACUGGCCAAGAACGCAAGCACAAAAGCCAAAAACUCUACCUGCAACUCUCGCUCAGUCUCAGCAUCAUGACUGUAUUCCCAGUCAACUAGCACAGCCAGUAAAUAAAAAUAGAAAUAAAAAUAAGUCUAAAAGACAACGAAAGAAGAAUUGA